CCGCAUACAUAAUGACCCAACCACUUGCGAACUAGCAUUCCCCCCAAGACUCCAGCAAGAUGCCCCGUCAGCUUUUGGCUACCCGCUUCGUUACCAUCCCCGAUGACGUCAAGGUCGUCCUUGACGGUCGCAAGGUUACCGUGACCGGCAAGCGUGGCACGCUUAACCGCGACUUCCGCCACCUGACCCUUGACAUGCGCCGUGUCAACAAGGAGCAGCUCCGUGUGGACCUGUGGUUCGGCAACCGUAAGCAGCUCGCCUGCGUGCGCACCGUCUGCUCGUUGAUCGAGAACAUGAUCACGGGUGUGCGUGUCGGCUACCUGUACAAGAUGCGUUUCGUGUACGCCCACUUCCCCAUCAACGUGACGUUCGAGAACAACGUUGUGGAGAUCCGUAACUUCCUGGGUGAGAAGCGCGUACGUCGCGUUGCUCUGUCCGAGGGCGUCUCGUACGUGCGCACGGGCGACGUCAAGGACCAGAUCGAGCUGAGCGGCAUUGACCUCCAGAAGGUGUCGCAGGACGCCGCCAACAUCACGCAGGCCUGCUUGGUGCGUCGCAAGGAUAUCCGUAAGUUCCUUGACGGUAUCUACGUGUCCGAGAAGACCAACAUCGAGAUCGAGGAGGAAUAAGCUUCCUGCUUGCUACUGGGGUAUUAACCGCUGCUAGGAGAGAGUUCGUAACCGGUACUGAAUAGAACCGAUCGUGCUCUUUUGCCGUCACUGGGUUGAUCGCAGCUAAUUUUGCUGCUUUCUUCGGUCCGGGCGGAUUUUGUGUUACGCAAUGCAAAGAGGGACGUAGAGAUUCUUGCUGCAUGGGCUACAUUCUAGUGCAUGCAGCAAGCGACUUGCUCCUUUGGUCUGCGACUAGCAUGAAAUCCUCCUCUUGUUUUCUGUCCUUCCCUCUGAUGUUGCUGAACGAUCAUGGCAUAAUACCUGCAUUAGAAUAUGAGUUUUGGAAGCGAGUUACACUUAUGAAGUGGGGAGUUUGCUGCUUCUUUUGGCAUUUUUCGCUGUAUCUUCAACUCUAUUGCCUCCCUUGCAUCGCCACCUAAAGCUGCGUUCGCAAGGUGGCGUCUGAUCGCUCAAAACAAGUCAAACGGGUUUGCUGGAGAAGCCGGUGUCUGUGCCGGAGCUGGUGCGCUGGCGAAGUCGCCAAACCUACAUGGCAACAAGG